AUGAAACCAGAAAGCCAUCAGGACCAAACAGCUCGACCCGAACGUCCAUCCCCGACCGCCGAACUCGAGAAGCCAACAACGCCCAACGAAGUUUACAGCACCUUCACCCACCACCAGAAAUGGCUCCUCAUGAUCCUCGUCUCAACAGCCGCCACCUUCUCCGGCUUCGCCAGCAACAUCUACUUCCCGGCUCUCCCCACCAUCGCCAAUGACCUCGACGUCUCUGUUACGCUGGUCAACCUGACGGUGACGACGUACAUGAUCUUCCAAGGUCUCGCACCGUCGAUUUGGGGGGCGGUUGCAGACGUCAAAGGACGAAGGAUGGCGUAUAUGUGCACUUUCAUCGUCUUCCUGGGUGCAUGCAUUGGGCUGGCCAAUAUGCAGAACUACGCGACACUGCUGGUGUUGCGCUGUUUGCAGAGUACAGGCAGCGCAAGUACGAUUGCCAUUGGAUCUGGCGUGAUAGGUGAUAUUACCACCCGUGCUGAGCGCGGAGGCAUGAUGGGUGUCUUCCAGGCUGGACUGCUGGUGCCCCUCGCUGCUGGACCCAUUAUUGGAGGCGCGCUGGCCGGUAGUUUGGGCUGGAGAUCGAUUUUCUGGUUUUUAACAAUGUAUUCCGGAGUGUUUCUGAUCGUGCUGUUGCUUGCGUUUCCAGAGACGCUACGAUCGCUCGUCGGCAACGGCUCACUCCAACCAACCAACCUGCUCCAUCGGCACCCUCUCGCCCUGUACCAGCGCUACCAAACACCAUCCUCAAAACCACAAGACCAUCCCGUCCAGCCACACAAACCCAUCGACUUCCUCGCUCCCCUCCGCAUCCUCGCGAACAAACGCGCCAUCCUCCCCAUCGCCUUUCUAGCAAUCUACUACACCACCUGGCAAAUGAGCAUCACCGCCAUGUCCACGCUCUUUACCCGCAUAUACCACCUCUCCGAAACACAAAUCGGCCUGACUUUCAUCGCGAACGGCGUGGGCGCUAUGCUCGGAACCCUCGUCACGGGGAAGGUGCUGGAUAUGGAGUACCGCCGUGCUCAGUCGGUCCACUCCGUAUGCAGUGAAGGUGAAGCGCAGCAAGAGAAGCUGUUCCCGAUUGAAAGAGCACGUCUCCGUCUCCUGCCUCUCUUCGCGGUAGCGCAGUGCGGAGCUCUGCUCACAUUCGGCUGGACGCUCGAAUACGGCGUGCACAUCUCCGUCCCCAUCAUCGCGACUUUCGUCACAGGCUGGACGGCUGUAUCAAUUCAAGCGAUGGUGUCGACGUACAUGGUUGAUCUUUUCCCCGAAAACAGCGCGAGUGCGAGUGCGGCGGUGAAUUUGGCGAGGUGUUUGGUUGGGGCGGGAGGGACGGCGGGGGUGGAGGGGUUGAUCACGGCUUUGGGUGUGGGGUGGGCGUUGACGGUAGUGGUGGGGGUGAUGGGGAUCGGGCUGGUAGGCUUGGGGUUGCAGGGGUGGUUGAGGAAGAGAGGAGGGGACGACGAGAAGUGA